UGAGGCAAAUAGGGAGAAGCGACUUGCCCAGCGUCACAAGCUGGACUUGAACGCAGGUUCUCUUGACUGUAGCUCCCCAUCCCCUUCCAAAGACUGCCCUGGGUGAGGAAGACCUGAAUUCGAAUCCUGUGAUUUGAGAUCAAAUCCAGGCUUUGUGUGUAGUGUCCGGACUCUCUCUGUGGACCUCUUCAUAUGUGAGCCGGAGCAAAGCUCUUUCAAGUUUCCUCAGACUCGAUGACGUCUGAGACAUCUUCUGACUCUGAAUUUGUGACUACAAGUGGGCGCUGCCAUCCGAGUCUUCCCCUUGCAUCCCAGCGUCCCCCUUCGGACGUCUGUCUGGGGCCGUUUCUGAACACGACGAUAUUUCAAAGAAAGAAGAAAAAAAGAAGUUGCCUCAUUUGUAGCAACAGGAUGAGAAAGUGCAAGGUUUCCUGUUGUGUAUGUGUGUGUGACAGCUGUUGAUAAGCGGAGGGCCCGGACAGGAAAUCUGCUUUGCCCCUACAGGGUGACCUGGGAGCAGCAUCAGAGCUCCUCUCGACUUGAGCGGGGACGGGAUGACACGGUGCCCCCCGAAACAUGGGGGACACUGUGGAGAAAAGUCUGGAGGGCCCCCUCACCCCUCUGGACGAGGGCCACGCCAGGAAGAGGGGAGAUCUGGUGGAGGUCCUGAAUGGCGAAAAAGUGAAAUUUGAUGACACGGAGCUCUCGAGAAUUCUUCAGAACGGCCUGGAGAACCUCCGGCUGGAGAACUCCCUGACCGAUGUCGUCCUGUGUGUGGACGUGCAGGAGUUCUCCUGCCACCGGGCGGUGCUCGCUGCGGCCAGCAACUACUUCAGGGCCAUGUUCUGUAAUGACUUAAAGGAGAAAUAUGAGAAGAAAAUCAUCAUCAAAGGCGUGGAUGCAGAAACUAUGAAUAUUCUCUUAGACUAUACGUAUACAAGUAAGGCUCUCAUUACCAAACAGAAUGUCCAACGGGUCUUGGAAGCCGCCAGUCUCUUCCAGUUCCUCAGGAUGGUAGAUGCCUGUGCUACUUUUCUCACUGAAGCCCUCAACCCCGAAAACUGUGUCGGGAUAUUGAGGCUGGCAGACACACACUCCCUGGACCACCUAAAGAAGCAAGUUCAAGGCUACAUCAUUCAGAAUUUCACCCAAAUCUUGAAUUAUGACGAGUUCCUAGAGCUGCCGGUGGACACCCUCUACCAUACCCUGAAGAGCGAUGACCUCUAUGUCACCGAGGAGUCCCAGGUAUUCGAGAUGGUGAUGUGCUGGGUCCGGCACAAGCAGUCGGAGAGGCUCGGUUUGCUCCCGCGCAUCCUCGAAAAUGUCCGCUUGCCGCUUCUGGACCCUUGGUACUUUGUGGAGACGGUGGAAACGGACCCGCUCAUCCGACAGAGCCCCGAGGUCUUCGCACUUCUACAGGAGGCGAGGAUGUAUCACCUGUCGGGCAAUGAGAUCAUUUCUGAGAGAACCAAGCCCCGGAUGCAUGAGUUCCAGUCGGAGGUGUUUAUGAUCAUUGGAGGGUGCACGAAAGAUGAGAAGUUCGUGGCCGAAGUGACCUGCCUGGACCCGCUGAGACGCAGCCGCCUGGAAGUGGCCAAGCUCCCCAUUACUGAGCAGGAACCCGAGAGUGAGAACAAGAAAUGGGUGGAGUUUGCCUGCGUGACCUUAAAAAACGAAGUCUACAUAUCAGGUGGUAAGGAAACACAACAGGAUGUCUGGAAAUAUAAUUCUUCCAUCAACAAGUGGAUCCAAAUCGAGUAUUUAAAUAUUGGUCGAUGGAGACACAAGAUGGCGGUUCUGGGCGGCAAAGUCUAUGUCAUUGGCGGCUUUGAUGGUCUACAGAGAAUUAAUAAUGUGGAAACCUAUGACCCUUUCCAUAACUGCUGGUCGGAGGCAGCCCCUCUCCUGAUCCAUGUGAGCUCCUUUGCGGCCGCCAGCCACAAGAAGAAGCUGUACGUGAUCGGGGGAGGUCCCAAUGGAAAACUGGCAACCGACAAGACUCAGUGUUACGAUGCUUCGGCCAACAAAUGGUGUCUGAAGUCCUCCAUGCCAGUGGAGGCCAAGUGUAUCAAUGCCGUCAGCUUCCGGGACCACAUCUACGUUGUAGGCGGGGCCAUGAAGGCCUUGUAUUCAUACAGCCCGGUGGAGGACAGCUGGUGCUUGGUGACCCAGUUCAGCCAGGAGCGGGCUAGCUGCGGGAUCUCCCCUUGUAACAACCGACUGUACAUCACCGGUGGGCGGGAUGAAAAGAAUGAGGUCAUUGCCACGGUGCUGUGCUGGGACACAGAGACCCAGAAGCUGACCGAGGAGUGCGUCCUGCCCCGGGGGGUCUCCCACCACGGCAGCGUGACCAUCAGGAAGUCCUACACUCAUAUCAGGCGGAUCGUCCCGGGCGCGGUUUCAGUCUGACAGGAUGAGAGACGAGGGAUUGGGGAGGGUGCCUAACGGUAUUUCCUAUUUAUAUGGUGUUUUAAGGUUUACAAAGCCCUUGUCUCCUGGCAACCCUGUGAGGGAAGCCGCGCAAGGGCCAUGAUCCGCAGAUGCAAAAGGAGCAGCCACAGGAUCCAAUUCUGAAGGGGUGGUCAGUGUCAGAGCUGGGAUUUGCACCUAGACCUCUUGAGGCAAAGCCCAGUGCUCUAGGGAAAUGGGAUGGUUGCCCAAGCACACAGCCUACCUUCCUGAGCGGCAGGCUUGGGUCCAAGUUCAAGUGUCUUUCUUUCAAACAGUGCAUUUGAUCCCUACCAUUGGAAUGGCUACGGGAUGCUGUCAUUAGCCAAGGCUUCCAAAUUCAUCAAGACUUUUCCAAUUCUUUAACUACUUUGGGUAGUCAAUGCUUUGGUUCAUUUUUGGCAAAAAAAGAGGAAAAUCCAAAAGGAAAUUUCAGGAAAGAACAGCCUUCAUCCCAAUCAAACAUAUUUAAGACAUUUAGUUCUCUCGUCUCCUUUUGGGAAAUUUCAAGCCAAAAGUCCUGUUUCAUUUAACGUGUGAUUUUUGUUUUCAUUUUUGUUUGUUGUUGCUGUUGUUUUUCAUUCUUUUUAAAAUUUUCAAUGUGUGGUUUUUUGUUUUUUUUUUUUUUUUUUACAAGUGUGACGACCUUAUUUAUAGAACUUGGUGAUGAAUUGGUGCCUCCCUGUGCAGCCUUCAUCCAAAUCAAACACAUUUAAGUCAUUUAGUUCUCGUGUAUCUUUUGGGGAAAUUUCAAGACAAACAUCCUAUUUCAUUAGUGUGUGUUUUUUGUUUUCAUUUUUGUUCAUUUUUUAAACUUUUUUUUUAACUGUUUCAAUGUGUGGGGUUUGUUUUGUUUUGUUUUGCAAGUGUGACAACCUUAUUUAUAGAACUUGGUGAUGAUUUGGUGUAACUCCCUGUGCAGCCUUCAUCCCGAUCAAACACAUUUAAGACAUUUAGCUCUCCCAUAUCCUUUUGGGAAAUUUCAGGCCGAAAAUCCUAUUCAACUAGUGUGUAAUUUUUAUUUUCAUUUUUGUUUGUUGUUGUUUUUUAAAACUUUAAAAAAAACCUGUUUCAAUGUG